AUGGAAGAAGAGAGUGGGUUUGAUAUAGACAAGGUGUCACCGAUAUGGAUUGUCACGGCACUCUGCAUUGUCCCACUCGGGCUGUACUACAUGCUUAACCUACUUAGUCCGCUGAUGCAUCGCUUCACAGAUAUGAAGAUAUCUGAGAUAUACGUCUACCCCAUCAAAUCCCUACGAACACUGCCAAUGAAAGAAGCCAUCGCAACCCCCCAGGGCUUCAAGCACGACCGAACAUUUAUGCUCCUCCAGAAAACCGACUCAGGCUACAAAAACAUGGCCGUAUCAAACUACCCCGAAAUGACUCAAUUCCUGCAAAUCCUGGACCUGGUCAAAUCCACAAUCACAGUAACAUACCUGGCCUACGGCGACAACUCGAAGCAAUCCACCAUCCAAGUGCCCUUAAUCCCGGAUACAGAACCCCUAGACCCCAUAGAAAUAACCAUGCACUCUAGCCCCACAUCCGCCUACAUCAUGCCCGACAACUACAACACAUGGUUUAGUUCGCAUCUCGGAUACCCCGUGCUUCUCGUCUACCUCUCCACCAACCGCCGCCGCGUGCUAUUCCAGGACAUGCAAACCACGGAACCCUCAACUCUAUCACGCACUAUCAAAACAUACAUUCCCAUCCCCACCGCCCUCCUCCCCAGCAGCCUCCUCCCGCCUCCCACCUCACCCCCCAAAAUCACCUUUGCGGACUGCGCCCCCUACCUCAUCUGCAGCAAAACCUCUCUCUCUAACGUCUCCGACCGGCUACCCCCGGGCAGCACAAUGGACAUUACCAAAUUCCGCCCCAACCUCGUAGUCAGCGGCGCGGCCGAACCAUUCGAAGAAGACUACUGGGCACGGGUGUUGGUGGGUGGCAAAACAGAGAUUUUACUGAAACAUAAUUGCGUAAGGUGUAAGAGUAUUAAUGUGGAUUAUGGGACGGGAAAGCCGGGGCAGGGCCCUGAGGGCGAGGUGCUGAAGAAGUUGCAGGGGGAUCGCAGGGUGGAUCAGGGAAUGAGAUGGAGUCCGGUUUUUGGGAGGUAUGCGUUUUGGGGUGGAGGUGAGAAUGGAAAAAAAGGAAAGGCGGAGGAGGUAGUGUGGAGGGUUGGGGAUCGGGUUAGGGUUGUGGGGACUAAUAACCGGAGGACGGUUUCCAGUUGGCCGAACUUAGGAUAA